AUGUUGAAAGCAACAUUACGUAAUAACCAAUCAUUAUAUCAAAUCUCAACAUGUUCAAUAAUACGUUUAUCUUCUCAUGCGGCAACAACAACAACAGCCCAACCUCAACAAGCUGGACCAGGACAUUUUGGUUUCUAUCGUCAAGUUGAAUUAUUUUAUGAUCGUGCUGCAAAAAUUCUUGAAGAAAAAUUAGUUAAUGAUAUGCAUAAAUCAAAAUUAUCUGAUGAUUUAAAACGUAAAAAAGUUCGAGGAAUAUUAAAAAUUAUUAAGCCAUGUAAUCAUGUUCUCGAAAUUCGUUUUCCUAUUCGAAGAGAUAAUGGAGAAUUACAUAUGAUUGAAGCAUAUCGUGCACAACAUUCACAACAUCGUACACCAUGUAAAGGUGGUAUACGUUAUUCAUUAGAUGUUAAUUUAGAUGAAGUUAAAGCUCUGGCUGCAUUAAUGACAUAUAAAUGCGCUUGUGUCGAUGUACCAUUCGGUGGUGGAAAAGCUGGUGUUAAAAUUAAUCCUAAAGACUGGUCUGAAGCUGAAUUAGAACGUAUCACAAGAAGAUUAACA